AUGUCCAAAGUCCAGUUAUACGUGUACGACCUGUCGCGAGGAUUGGCCAAGCAGAUGUCAUUGAUGUUGACUGGGAAGCAACUUGAUGGUAUCUGGCACACUUCAGUCGUCGCAUGGGGUAAAGAAAUAUUUUACGGUCAAGGUAUACUAACUAGUAAUCCAGGAAUGACACAUCAUGGAAAACCAUUACAUGUGAUAGAAAUGGGUGAAACGGAAAUAGAUCAAAGUGAUUUCGAUGAAUAUCUGAAAAGUUUAGGUGAAAUGUACACACCGAGUAAAUAUCAUUUAAUCGAAUUUAACUGUAAUCAUUUUACGGCGGAUCUCGUUGGGUUCUUGACGGGCAGGGAAAUACCCUCUUGGAUUUCCGGCCUCCCUGCCGAGUUCCUCUCAACACCAUUCGGUCAAGCUAUGAGGCCACAGAUCGAUGCCAUGUUCAAACAGACUGCCCCAUCUGAACGACCGAUCCCUGGUCCAAGUCCAACACAGCCUGGUGUAUCUCAAAUCAACAACAGCAACAACAACAACAACAACAACAACAACAGCAACAAUCUACCUACUCCGCCUUCAUCUGGAACUGCUACUCCUGCCCUCGCAUCUGCUUUACUCAAUUCAGUAGCUGCCAGAGCCCAUUCCCAGAUAAACCCAUCCAAUGGCCUUCCCACACCCUCCUCAUCAUCAACUAACACACCACCUACCACGGAGACAUCGCCAUUGUCCCUGGUAUCUUCCGUCGCUCAUUUCAACCAAAUCCUACAUUCACAUCCUGCUGUAAUAGUGAAUUUUACCAAUACACCAACUUGUCCACCUUGCAGAACGAUCAAGCCAGUAUACGAAACGAUCUCUUCCAUACAUGCAAACACAUAUGGUCUGAAAGGAGCUAGAUUCUUGGAAGUAGAAUUAUCAAUUGGAGAAGGUAGACAAUUAGCUCAACAAUAUAACGUUCACGCCACACCCACAUUCAUCUUUUUCCAAAAUGGCAAAAAGAAACAAGAGUUGAAAGGUGCUUCUAAAAAAGAAUUAGAAUCUAAAAUUGAAAAUUUCCUGGAAGAAUGUUUCCCAACACAUCCACAUAAAAAACUAUUCUUACCUUCAAUCGAAAAUUUACCUUCUAACCCAAUUACAGCUAAUGGUAUACCAAACUACGUCGCCCUAUCAAGUAAAUUAGAAGGUUUCGUCGAUGGCAAAGGGAAAGAACAAGAUAUCAACUUUAUCAAAAAUCAAAUAAUACCUUUCUUGGAAGAUAAAAAGAACAUCUCGUCAGAUUCUGAAUUAAGAGAUAUAUUUGAAAAAUGGAUAAGAUCAACUCAUGAUAUAUUACAAGUUUUAAAAGCGGAAGAAACAUUCCCUAUAAUUGAUUUAUGGAGAGUUGGAUUACUCAAACCUAGUAUAUUAUCAUUACUAGCGUUAAGAUUAAGACCUACUUCUUCAACACCUACAGUCCAUAAUCCCAUAUCGACCAUCCUCUCUUUGGCUUCCAAUACACUCUCCACGACAGGAACAAAUACACCCAAACCAUUCCUCCUUACUGUACUGAGACUCAUGACAAACUUGUUAGCCUCGAACGAACUGGCCAACCUCACAUUAUCACCUGGGGGUCAUGGUGAGAUACAAGAAACAGUGAUUAGCGUCCUGGUGGAAUCAUUACUUCAUCCAGAUCAAAGUGUAAGAUCGGCAGCUGCAGGUGUAGCUGUCAAUGCGGGUGCGUGGAGACAGAGAAAUAAGAAAGAAGAAUCGGAUGAUGUCGAUUGGGAAACGGAACUGGUUAGUGCAUUAGUAGAAGGAGUAGAUAGGGAAACCGAUGAAGAUGUCUCUCAUCGACUGCUGGCUGCUUUGGCAAUGACAAUUUACCUAUCACCAAGAUACGAAUCGGAUACUAAACCUUUAUUAGAAGUUCUAAGUGCCAAACAUACGAUUUAUGCGAAAUCGAAAGGAUGGAAAAAGAAGGAAGUCAAGAAAUUAGGUGAAGAUAUAGCUGGGAAAUUGUGUUAG